AUGUCUCUCUGCCCAGGCCGGGGCCGGGGGGGCUUCAGCGCCCUCUCCGCCUGCUCUGUGCGCCCAGGGGCGGGGGGCCCAGGCCCCUGCUCCCGCUCCUUCAGCAGCAGGAGCCUCAGUUCUUUCGGGGGGCGCCGGGGAGCCUCUCAGGGGGGGACCUGGGGGGCGGCGGGAAGGCUCGGAGCGCAGUUCGGGCAAGGCCGCGGGUGCCCUCCUGGGGGGAUCCAGGAAGUGAGUGUCAACCAGAAUCUGCUGACCCCACUGAAGAUCGAGAUCGACCCCCAGUUCCAAGCGGUGCGGACGCAGGAGACCCAAGCCAUCAGGAGCCUCAACAACCAGUUUGCGUCCUUCAUUGAUAAGGUGCGCUUCCUGGAGCAGCAGAACCAGGUCCUGGACACCAAGUGGAGCCUGCUGCAGCAGCAGGGUGGCCGCGCUGGCCCCCAGGGCCUCGAGUCCUUCUUUGAGGCCCACGUGGCCCAGCUCCAGCAGUGGCUGGAGCAGCUGCAGAGAGACCGCGGGGCACUGGAGGCUGAGCUGCAGGCCUGCCGCGACCAGGAGGAGGAGUACAAAGCCAAGUUCGAGCAGGAAGCCCAGAGGCGCGCCACGGUGGAGAAUGACUUUGUGGUCCUUAAAAAGGAUGUGGACGGGGUGUUCCUGAGCAAGAUGGAGCUGGAGGAUAGGCACGAGUCUCUCCGGGUGUACAUCGACUUUCUGAGGCAUCUGUAUGAGGAAGAGCAGGUCCAGCUCCAGACCCAGGCCAGCGACAUGUCUGUGGUCCUGUCCAUGGACAACAACCGCCGCCUGGACUUCAAGGAUGUCAUCGCUGAGGUGCGCGCCCGCUACGAGGAGAUUGCGCGGGCCAGCAAAGCCGAGGCCGAGGCGGCAUACCAGAGCAAGUACCAGGAGCUGCAGACGUCUGUGCAGCUUCACGGGGACAGCAUGCAGGCCACCAAAGCCCAGAUCUCCCAACUGCAGCAUGCGAUCAAGAAGCUGCAGAGUCAGAUUGAGACUCUCAAGACGCAGAAUGCCAGCCUGCAGGACGCCGUGGCCGACGCAGAGCAGCGUGGGGACGUGGCCGUGAAGGACGCACAGGCCAAGCUGGCCGAGCUGGAGGCUGCCCUGAGAGGCACCAAGCAGGAGCUGGCCCGGAUGCUGCGUGAGUACCAGGAGCUGAUGAGCGUGAAGCUGGCGCUGGACGUCGAGAUUGCCACCUACCGUCGGCUGCUGGAGGGCGAGGAGAGCCGGAUGUCCGGGGAGUGUAGCAACCAGGUCACCAUCUCUGUCGGGGGAGGCGGUGCCUCUGUGUCUGGGGGAUUUGGCGCUGGCCUGGGGGGCACCUGCGGCCUCGGGGGCACGAAAGGCGACUUCGGCUCCAGCUGCACCAGCAUCGUGAAGGGGGGCUCUGGGGCCUCGCUCGGCACAGGGUGGGACUCCGUGCUGGGCUCUUGCUCUGUGUCCGGCUCCGGCUUCAGCUCGAGCUCCAGUUCCGGCGGCCACACCAUUGUAAAGAAGACAGUCGAGUCAAGUCUGAAGACGUCCAUCAUCUACUGAGUGACCCCACAGC